AUGGCCAAACCUCCGCUUCGGCCGCCAGGCCGACGUGGAGGAUCCAAAUCCAUGCUGACCUGGGCUCUCCUGUUGCUGCUCAUUGCUGCCGCCCAAUCCCAAUCCGCCCAUCAAUCAGACUCCGUCCAGAUACUGGUGGCAUCAACCCAGACCGUUCGCCCUGAGUCGAGUCGACACCCUCAGGCUGGCCGCAGCCCAGCAGAGAUCCCUCUCCUCAAGAACGAUGUGGCCACGGUCAAGUUCAGAAGCACUGAUGAAACCCCCGAACACCACAAACUCCGUGCCUUGGCUCCAGCACACGAUAGCAGUAGUGCUGUUAGAGCACCUCUUGUUCAGCCUGCCCAGUCCUCUGGACUCUCGGCGCUUCCUUCAGCGCGGCUGCUGCAAGAUUGGGAGGUCGAGAACAUUAUCCUACUAGCCACUAUUGAUGGCACCAUACACGCUCGUGACAGGAAGACGGGCAAUGAGAGAUGGUCACUGGGAAUACCGAGCAGUCCCAUGAUCGAGACCAUCCACCAUAAAGUGAACCACAGCAACUUGGACAGUUCAAACUACGAAGACGACUUCAUUUUUGUGGUGGAACCGAGCAAGGAUGGCAAUCUCUACAUUCAGCAUCGAGAUCCCAGAAUCGGUUUACAACGACUGGGCGUCACAGUCAGAUCCCUUGCAGCCGAGACUCCGCAGUUUGUGGAUGAUCCGCCUCUGGUGACGAUUGCUUCUCAGGAGACAACGGCCUAUGUGGUGGAUGCUGCCACGGGAAACAUUCUGCAGCAGUUUGAUAAAUAUCGGGGCUUUUCCAACGACGACGAAGGCCGCAGCUGUCGCCGACUCAGUGGCUUUGAACUCGACGAUCCUGCCUGCGAGUCUCUGGGAACAUUGAACCUCGGACGCGUCGAAUAUACCGUCCAGAUUUCACACAAGAUCACAAACCAGCCUUUAUGCACGAUAAAGUUCGCCGAGUGGGUGCCGAAUAAAGGGGACAGCGACCUGCAAAGUCAAUAUAUUGCCCCCCUCGACAAUUUCCACAUUCAAAGUUACUAUAAUGGCCGGAUCAUCGGCAUUGACAGCAACGCGGACUCGGGCAAAGUCCAUCGCUUUACCCACAUGCUGGACACUCCUGUCGCUCGGGUUUUCGAUAUUGUGCGUCCCCUUGACAGUAAGGUCGAAUCUCCAAAACUGGUCUUGUUGGCUCGACCGACCGACUCUCCUCUUCUUUCGUCCUCCCAGAUUUGGCGAAAUGAAAUGCAACGGGCUGAGCGGGUUUUUGUGAACAAGACAGAAUCGGGGGUCUGGUAUGCCCUGUCCGAGCUCUCUUACCCUGGGGUCACCAGUGGUGCUGCACCUGCAAGCUCUCAUUGGAAUUACGACAACCACCCAUUGGACUUCAACAGUGAGAUGGAAGAAAUUGUGGGCGUCCAUGUCCUAUCUACGGAAUCAGACAACGCUCCCCUACGACUGACUAUCUCUGGCCCCUCUCCAGGAACCGACUUGGCUGAGGAAGCAGAAAAGGAAAUUGCAACCCUAGGAUCCAAAAUUCCGCCAUCUUUGUCACCUGUGCUCAACCAUCCUCUGAUGUCAGUGUUCAACAUGAUCGUAGUCAGCGUCUUGCUUCUUUUUGUGGUGGGAGUUCAAAUGAAACUCCCCUUCAUGUUGAAGAUGCAACGAUACCUCCGUAAGGCCGGUGUCGAUGUCGUUGCAGAAAAGAAUCGGCCUCCUGCCCCUACCACAGCUGAUCCUGCAACCGGUGACCAUGAGAUACCAGUUGCCGAAGUUGAACAAGAGAACAACAAGCCAGAUGCCGUGGCACAGGUCUUAGAAGAUGCCAUCGCCCCGCCUGCCCGGAGCCGUGCCCAAAGUGUUGCGGUUUCUGACAGUAGUCCUGUCAAGAAUAUCAAACCGAACAGCACCAAUGACGAGAGCUCCGAAGGCGAAUCUGACGAUGAUAAGUGCAAGCAAGAGUCCAAUGCAGGCGAGAAUGCUGAGAAUGGAACGCAGCCUCGCUUCAGACAUGCCAAGCGGGGUAAACGUGGCGGAAGGAAGAACAAGAAAGGGAAAAAGACAAUGGAUCCCAAGGCUAUGGACGAGAUGGAAGAGCUCGUCGUUGAAGUCCCUACGAAAGACUGCAUGUUACAGGUCGGUCGACUCAGGAUCGACACCAGAGAAGACCGGUGUCUAGGUCGUGGAAGCAAUGGAACCGCUGUUUUCCCGGGCACGCUGGACGGUAGGGAAGUCGCCGUCAAGCGUCUAAUUCGAACUUCAAACAGUCUCGCAGCGAAAGAGAUCAAGCAUCUUCUCUCCAGCGACGAAAAUCCCCACGUUAUCCGAUAUUUUGGGAAGGAAGAGUCGCAGCACUUCACGUACAUUGCUCUUGAGCUGUUCACUACCUCCCUCGAUCAAUUCAUCGAACGUCCUCUUCAGUUCCCUACCUUGGUCAAAUUCCCGGAAGGAUUUGAUGUGAAGGACGCCUUGCGCCAGAUCACCGACGGUGUGCAGCACCUUCAUUCGCUCAAACUCGUUCACCGAGACAUCAAACCACAAAAUGUCCUGGUAAAGGCUGUAAAAAGCAAUCGACCUGCGAGCGGUAUGCCCAAACUGCAGUUCGUCAUCUCUGAUUUUGGACUGUGCAAGCCUCUGGAGGAGGGACCUGAGUCGACCUUCGCCCCCACGGCAAACCACACAGCUGCAGGCACGACAGGCUGGAGGGCGCCAGAGCUACUCGUUCACUCCCGAUCCACCGUUGCUGCAUCAAGUACCACUUCGUCGACGUCGAGAUCGACGACACAAUCGAGUGACGGAACAAUUAUCGAACGCUCCUCAGGACGGCGCGCCACGAAAGCCAUCGACAUCUUCUCGUUGGGCUGUGUCUUUUACUAUGUCAUGACCCAGGGUCACCAUCCAUUUGACGUCGGCGGUUCCAGCCUUGGCCGAGACUUGAAUAUCAAAGAGAACAAAUUCAGCACGGAAGAUCUGCGUCUGCACGACUAUCAAUACGACGCCGACGACCUGAUCAUGCAGAUGCUUAAACAUGAUCCCAAGGCACGUCCUGACACAACACAAAUCCUUCAUCACCCAUACUUUUGGGAUGUGGCGGAUAAGCUGAGAUUCCUGUGUGAUCUCUCGGAUUGUUAUGAGAGCGAGAAGAAUUACAUCAAGAACAUCUUCGAUGAGAACGCCACCCGGACGCCUGCGGAAAAGGAGUCACUGGCAGAGCUUGCCGCUCUAGAAUCGCUGGCCCCAAAUGUCAUUGGCCCGUCCAAAGACUUUCUUCGCGCCCUGCCUAAGAGCUUCGUUUACGAAAUGGGCAAACAGCGCAAAUACACGGGUUCCAAGAUGAUUGAUCUGUUACGCGUGAUUCGGAAUAAGAUGAAUCAUUUCCACGAUCUGCCGGAGGAUGUCAAGGAGCAGAUGCUCGGCGGGAGUCCCAAAGGAUAUUACGAGUUCUGGGCCAAACGGUUCCCCAGUCUACUCAUCAACUGCCACUGUCUGGUGCUGGAGAGGGACCUGGUGGGACGAUUUCGAAUGGAGAGGUACUAUGAGCCGUAA